AUGAUGUUCGAGUAUGCACUUGUUUUAAGUAGUUAUUUAUUUUCUAUGGGUAUCUAUGGAUUAAUCACAAGUCGAAACAUGGUUAGAGCACUUAUGUGUCUUGAGCUUAUACUGAAUGCUGUUAAUAUGAAUCUCGUAACAUUUUCUGAUUUAUUUGAUAGUCGACAAUUAAAGGGAGACAUUUUCUCGAUCUUCGUUAUAGCUAUUGCAGCCGCUGAAGCAGCUAUUGGCCCAGCUAUUGUUUCAUCAAUCCAUCGUAACAGAAAAUCCACUCGUAUCAAUCAAUCAAAUUUGUUGAAGAAAUAG